AUGAAUUUUAUUAGGAAUUUAAUUAAAGAAAGAAAAGGUAUAUUUCAAAUUAAAUGGAAGAAAGAAGCUCUUUUUGAGCCCAAAUCUGAAGAUAAAGAUGAGAAUGAAUCCAAUGAAAAAGAUGAUAUUGAAUUUUGUAGAAAAUCAAAUUAUCCAAGAAACUCAUGUGAAGCACAGUGGAUGCUGUUAUAUUCUUGUAUAACUUCAAUGGAAGAUUAUCCCUGCGAAGCUAAUCUUAAGUCCGCAAAGGAUUUUAUCAGAAAUAUCCCAGAUCAAUGCAAAUUUACUCAAAUUGGUGAUACUUUUUCUCAGGGAUUGAAAGACUUUGAUAAUGCUAUUUCCAAAGCAAGCUCAAAAAGGGAACUUCUUCUUAUGCUAUGUACAAUUGAAAAUAAAUGUAGGCAUAAGCUAGGAAAACCUUUAGUUCUUUGUAAUUAUUCUGAGAUCAUGAAAAGAUGGUAUAAGGAUUAA